UGGGGUGCUUGAUAGCUGAAGCAGACUUCGUGCUGUUGGUGAACAGAGUAAUCGUGAUUCCCUGUAAAUACUUCUCUAUUGACAUCCACCCCUUAGCGCUCAUAUGACCUUAUGCAGUUGUGAGCGCCGUAAAAACUCCACUAAAAUUAAAACUGAAAGAAAUUUUCUCAUCAUCAACUGACUCACACUGACUGUAGCCUGCUUUUUCAAGAACUCACUGAAGUGUUUUGUAAGGAUACAUAAUAAUAUACAAUCAGCAAUAAGCAAGGUACACUUUGGGGAUUUCCGUUUAGUCAUGCAGCUUUGGGACUUUUCCAAACAGUGGAUGCCCAGAUUUUUCAGAAAUGGAAUUGAAAAACUUGCAGUACUUUAAACUGAUUCUUAGUAGUCGAAAUGUUCAAUUUUAUAAAUCCACAAGUGCAAAAUUUUGAGAAUCCGGCUCCGUCAGGUUUUUAAGAAUAUUGAAUGCUACAGCUUAUACAAAUUCUGGCAGCUGAAUAGUGUGUUUUCACAAAAUUACACAAAGGUCGGCUCCGUCAGAAUUCUAUAUCUUUAUAAGUAAACGAAUCACAUGCAAUUAUGUUAGUUCAGAUCUGACUUCUGACAUUCUCAAUGAAAACAUUGAUUCUCACAUCCGGUUUAAUGGCGGCUGAGGUCAGUCGCUGUUUCUUAGCUCCUGUGUUAUCGGUGAUUUUGAUACGGAUUUCAGUGGAGAAAAGUGGUUGUAAGUGGUGGUAAGAGGUAUCAUUCGUAUACUCAAGUAAGUUUUGAUAUUUUUGUUGUAAUUUGUGCACUGUAUACUGUCUUUUCUACUGUCUGCAUAAUUUUUUCUUCUCAGUGAACCUUGCUUCGAGCACGGUUUCAUUGUUGUUUUUUCUAUUCCUUCUCGCCUGGCUAUCGCGCUGUGUUUUUUUCACUCCCUAUCUCACUCUUACUCUUACUUGUUCUUUUCUGUAUCCUGAUAUUACAGUUUCCUUGUUUUAAUCAUUCUUCUUAGGAAUAACCGUCUACUGCUAAGUGAACAUGAUGGCAAAAAAUAACAGUGAAUCUGUCCCAGCCUGUUUUUUCUUUGCAGAGCAUAUUGACCGCUCUGUCACAGGCUACCAAAUAUGUAAGGCCUGUGAGCAAGUUGCCGGCGAGGGAAGUAUUAUCGGAGCCCAAAAGCUCUAUGGACUGUGGAGGAUAUACCCUGCUACGGUUCAGGCAAGAAACCAACUAAUCAUUAAGGGCAUCAUAAUUAACAAAAUGUUUGUCGCUAUCCUCAGCGCCAGCCCGACGGUGACGAAAGGAACCAAGGACUCCCCCACAUUGAAAGUCAUCAUUGGUAACAUACCGUUGUCAGUGUCCAAUGAUGAAAUAGGAAAAGAGUUUAAGAAACUAGAGGGAGUGGCCAUUCUUUCAAAGUUUUAUGAAGAAUGUUAUAGGGACAACGAAGGAAAGUUGACCUUGUUUAAAUCUGGUAGACGUUUUGUCUACAUUAAUGUCCCCCCUCACCCUCUCCCCAAAGAUUUUCAGGUUGGACACUGGAGGCCAACGUUGUAUCACUACGGCCAGAAAGAAAAAAAAGGAGACGAUGGGACCAAUACAACCGGUGGAGAUCAGCCCGCCCCCGACACCAAUGUUCAAGCGACAAUCCGUGAGGCUAACGCUGACACACAGGCGGAGACACAGGCAGAGACACACACCCUGCGUGCUGUAAGGCAAACAAAUAUGGACUCUUUUUUCCCGCAGCCUGACCGCUCCCGCCCCCCAGUACGCUCACCCCGAAGCCAGGACACAAGGUCUCCAAGUGUCAAGACGAGGAGACAUAAAAGACAGGAGAGAAACACGACGACAUGUCCACACAAAAAUUCAGGGACUGGAUCGCCAACUGUCAGAUCGUUGAUACCUGGCGGGGUGUGCACGGUGAAGAAAAGGAUUUCACCUGGUCCAGGCCUACACCCUUUACAGCACGGCGGCUGGACUACAUAUUUUGUAAUACUAAGUUAUUUCCCUUUGUUAUAGACUCUAAACACACAUUUGUAUAUGGUACGGAUCAUAAAGCAGUCAUAACUACUGUUCGAACUGAACAAUUUAAAAGGGGGCCUUCAUACUGGAAAUUUAAUAAUUCAUUACUAAAAGACAAAGAGUACGUUAACUCAAUGGAGAAAUGCAUAGACGAAUAUUUAGAACGGACUUUAGAUGAAACAGAUAAAACCAUAAGAUGGGAACUUUUGAAAGUCAUGAUAAAGUCACAUACAAUUGACUAUUGUAUUAGAAAGUGCAGAGCACUCAAACUAAGGGAAAUUCUAAUAACGGAAGAACUUUUGAAAUUAAAUGAUCAAGUAGUGAAAACCCCCCAUGACCUUACAUUGCUUAAACAGUUUGAAGCCAAAAA